AUGUCCAGCAAAACUGGCACAUUGAUCAAGCCUGCUACCUCCAAGCCCCAGAAAAGCAAGGGUGCUGCAGGUCCUUGGCAAGGCUCUGACAUUGUCGUGGCUGAGAAGAGUGUACUCGGUGAUGAUGAGGAUGUUGAGAAACUUCAUGCCCUCUCUAGUCCCAUCAAGCCAGCGCCAUCCCGGAUAACGAACUUGAAUGCCGUACACAUUGAAGAUCACAACACCGGUUCUGACGGCGAUGAGGGUAAAGCUGGUGGCUCAGUUUUCCAAGUCCGUCCCAAGCCUGCGUUGAAGGCUCAACCCCGUCUGGAUGAAAACCCUGACAUUUUGUUCAAUGCAACACCAGCUCUCAAGACAGCUCGCACGACAAGCAAUAUGGAUGUCGAGAUUUUCGAUCGAACGGAAGAGCUCGCUGCUAAGACCCGGAAACGCAAACGGGUUGAAAAGAUGGAUGAUAACUCGGAUGAUGAACCGAAACUCAAGGUAAAGGUAGAGCGGGAUGAUGAUGAGGACCUCAAUGGCGAGGAGUCGGGCAGGCGCAACAAGAUCACCGUGAAGGCCCUCCCUCCCGCUGCGCAGAAGCAUGACCGCUGGCGACGUCGCUUCAUGCCUACGAUUGUGCGAUUCAUCGGCGCUGUGGAUAAUCCAUGGAACGUGGACGAAGAUGUCUUCAGGGAUGCGCUCGAGCGUAUCUGGGAUGUUGUCUACAAGACAACGGGCAUCGAGUAUACAGAUGGGCUUCAUGUCAUUGUCCGUGCAUUGACCAUCCAGCGACUUGACGAAUGGCGCUCCAGCUUUGGGUCCACCGCCAUCGCCGCGCUUGAGCUGUUCUUCAAGUCAGACAGCAAAUAUCAGAAGCCUGAAUACCGCGUGAAGUUUUCACGGUGCUUGCUCGAGCUACGUCGCUUCGCCUACGAAGAUGCUAAGGGCAGCGAUCCGGAGGAAUUCAAAGGCUUAUUCCGAUCUCUCCUUAUCUUGCGGAUAUUCGCCACUCAUCUUUCCGCAAUCGAGGGAGCUAUUGAUGUCGAAGGACUAUACCCAGAGCCUUCCCCCAGCGAUGAUGGGCACAAGAUCCUAAGUCCGGACCGACCCAUUGGGGCAUUGGGCCUCGCGGGUGCUGCUGUCGAGUGCGGUCUCAUUCUUUGGAAGUAUCUCGCUGUCACUUACAAAGGGUCGGCCAGUACCCAACCGGCACGUGUGCGGAAAUUCGAGGGCGGAAUCGGACGCUGA